UUACUACGCAGUGCGGGGGCGCGGACGAUAUGUCGGCAGAGGGAGGACCCGGAGACAUUGACGUUGUUCCAGGCUGUACGAGAAAAAAUACUUCUCAUUAGUGCAGCGGUGAGCUAUAGAGCAAAGAAUGGGAAGCAGUACACACGGUGUUUGGUGUGCUGAAAGCCCGGCUGUCUCAAGCGAACACCGAUUUUUGCUGUUCCGCGGGAUAUUCAGCAGGGACUAGCUUCAGGAAAGCGAGUAAGCUAGCAGCACAGGCUAGCUUCGCAGAGAGCUAGCUGCCUUGUUAUUGUGAUACCGAAACGAACCUUCCAGCUAGCAUCCGUCAGAGGAACACACGGGAAAAAUGGUGUACUUGUUAAAUCCUAUAGAGAACCUGAGAAGCUACAUCAACAACCGUCCACCUCUGGUCAUUUUUAUGAUCAGUGUAAGUGCAGUGGCCAUCGCCUUCCUGACCAUCGGUUAUUUCUUCAAGAUUAAAGAGAUCAAGUCUCCAGAGUUAACCGAGGACUGGAACACCUUUCUGUUGCGCUUCAAUGAGCUGGACUUUUGUGUGUCAGAGAAUGAAACGAUAAAGCACGGCCUGAACGAGUCGACCACGCCGGAGAGCAUGGUGGUUACUAGCGGCCAGGCUCGUUCCAGCACUCAGGUUCCCCUACUGCUGGAGGACUCGGGGCCCAUUAACAUCUCAGUCCCCAUCACCCUCACGCUGGACCCUCAGCGUCCAUUUGGAGGCUAUUCUCGCAAUAUCACCCACCUGUAUGCCACGGUGCUGGGGCAGCAAGUAGGCCUCUCAGGCCGAGAAGCUCAUGAAGAAAUAAACAUCACGUUUACUCUGCCCGUAUCCUGGAACUCGGACGACUGUGUUCUGCACGGUCACUGCGAGCAGGUGGUGUUCAGCACUUGCAUGACCAUCACAGCGGCCAGCAAUAUCUUCCCAGUCACAGUGCAGCCACCACACUGCGUGCCAGAGACGUACACCAAUGCCACAUCUUGGUACAAGGUGUUCACCACGGUCCGCGACUCAGAUACCAAGUACAGUCAGGACUACAACCCCUUCUGGUGUUACAAAGGAGCCAUUGGCAAAGUGUACCACGCACUCAACCCAAAACUUACCGUGAUUGUUCCAGAUGACGACCGUUCCCUCAUCAACCUUCACCUGAUGCACACUAGCUACUUCCUGUUUGUCAUGGUCAUCACUAUGUUCUGCUAUGCAGUCAUAAAGGGGCGGCCUGGCAAAGUGCGACAAACCAACCCUGACUUCUGUCCUGAGAAGGUACAACAGACACCAGCAGUGCUAUAUGACUUCAACAGGUGGCGUUGUCAGAGGGUUAAAAAGACAUCAGAGAAUGGCAGGACUUACCUGUAACAUGGACAAAAUUAAAGAAAGAGAAGAAAUUAAUUAAAAAAACAAAAACACGACUUACCAGUUGCCUAGUGGACCCUGGAAAUACAAUAAGGGACACAAAAGCUCUGUGAAUGCAUUACUCUUGCAAUGUUGGGGUUCUCCAACCAAAGAUAUACAAGUGCCUGUAUCUGUGGUGUAAAUAUUUCUAGGAACUCUUUGGUUUUGUUUUUUUCCCUUUUUGUUAUUUCUUUUGAUUUUUGCCUGAGCCCCCCAGUGCCAUGUCCAAACAUGCAGUACAGAAACGAAGCAGAAGGCCACAUCCAAGAGCUACUUCUUUUUUCUGGGGCGAUUGGGACUCACCUUAUGAAGCACGAUAGACAGAAGUGUUUUAUCAAAGUGGUAAAUGUUUAGAUAUCUUAAGGUCAAAGUGGUUUUGUCGCCCUGAUAACAAAGCGUGAUGUUUAAUCACUUGGAACAUGUUUAAGGAAACAGAAAAGCAGGUAAAUAAUGAUUAAAUCCUCAGCGUGCGCUCACCAUAGCAGCUUAAGCGAGGAAUGGAAUAAAGUAGUACUUUUCUCUGCACCAAAUUUGAUGGUUUAAUUAAAAUUCUAGUUAGAAUCGGGUUCUUUAAAGUCCAUUUAGACAUCUAAGUGACAUUUAAGUGAUUUAAGAAUUUCACAUCUUCCUUUUACGAACUGCUUUUGAUUAGCAGUUAAAGAAUUACCAGAACUUCCUGUUGUUUGUUGUUGAAAUUUGUCACAUAUUCUUUUCUUCUUCUUUUUUGGCCUUAUGCUUUCCUCUGUCAGUUGCUUCUUCACUCACCUGCCUCUUGAAUUUAAUUUGCUGCCAGUCACUGUGCAGCAGUUUUGGUGUUUGAUCCAGUCCUCUCUGUCGCACCCAGGAGAUACAGAACAUUUGAUCUUGCCUUACCUACGGUGGACUUGCUUGCUUGAAAAUAGGCGUGGGUCAUCACUUUUGUCCCUUUCCCCACAUUAACUCUCCGCCCCUUUCUUCCACAGCCAAAUAUCACAUUUUAUUUGUUCUGGUAUGAUGAGCCUGUGGUUUGAAAUCAAGCUUGUGCUCUUUGUCCUGUUAUUGUAAAUGUCGGGUGACCCUUGAGUUACUUUAUAUUAGACACUUUAGUUACGUCACCUUUUUGAAAUGAUAAAUUAUAUGAGUUGCACAUGUUAAAGUGUUUUCAUAGAUAGUGCACCUUUGGAUGUCUUGCACAUUUUGUUAUUAUCUCCUGUGAUUAUUUCUUUUCAUGUAAAUAAACUAAUUGGCCUCCAUGUAAAAAAUAAAUAUGAUAAUUAAUUCUGCUGCUCAGAAGUUUACAAUAACCAUCCUUGUUUGUUUUAAAGAAAAGUUUUCAUCUAAUAUAAUGUGAAAUGAUAAAAAAUACUGUAAAUCAUUUAGUGAAUCCUUAGGUGUAUUAAAAUGACAAGUUAUUAAUAACCAAUGUAGGUGUUCAGAAGCCCAAUUUCAGCAUCCAUUACUCCUGUGCUCUUGGGACUCCAUAUAUUAACAAAUGCAAGUUAAUCAUGGUAAAAGUUUGACGUUUCUAUUAUAUGUAAGGCAUCAGUCGCAGAGUUAUAGUGACUGAAAAAUGUGUACUCUGACUGGUUGGCAAGUGGUUUCAGGAGGUUGCUGGCUGAUGAUCGGUGAAAUUGAUCGCAAAGGGAGUGCUGCACCAGAACCUGGCAGAUCACUUUGGUCUGCUAUAGCUUACAUGAAGUAGGGAGAUUUCACAAGGUGCAGCUUUUAGUUUGACGGUGGACUGUUUCCAUUUUCAGUUUGCAUCAUACUGUUCGGUUUCACUACCAUUUGGCAGUUAGUUGGCAAGUGUUUACAGACACGUUGUUGUUCUCCAUGCAAACUACAGGCAAUUCUUUGACUCUGCUUGCAACCAGCAAGGUAGUUUUUGGUGUUGCACUGUAUACCUUGGUGCAGUUUCACCCAAUGACAGGCAGCCUCGGGCAAUCAUUUGAUAACCAAUAAAAGAAUACACGUUUUUCUCUGUUAGCCAGUGGUUAACGAAGGUUGCUGACUCCUCUUUCAUACGACAGUGUGCACUACUCCCCCUAGAGGACAACUUAAAAUGCCUCCAAGCAGAAGAGAAAGAAGUAGGAGGAGUUGGUCCACCACUGAGUGCAUCAGAGUUUGAGAAACGCUGAAGUGGCAGUUUCAUUAAAUGUGCUUUUGUAAGAGCGAGGUGCUGCUGGUCUCUGAAGGGAGUAGUAAACACCCAUGUUCUUCCUGUUCAUAAAACAGGAACACUGAGUUUCACAAUAAAAUUGUGUUUUUUAAGGAGGCAUCCAAAGCACUCUACUAGCCAAGUGUGUUGCUUCUUUAAUGAUAAUACUGGUUUUUGGAUGUAAUGUAUAACAAACAAUUUGCGUUUUACCAGAACAUACUUUCAUUUGAGAAUACAUUAUACCAUCAGAACAGAGGGACUAUUGCAACAUUUCACUAUUAAGAACUGUAGCGAAUACGAAUGUACUUUUCUUUCAAAAAACAAGGGCAAACUUCUGAGCAGCAGUGAGAAUACCAUUAUCAUAUUUAUCCAUUUAUUAUAUAUUAAUUAUUAAACUAACAUUUGUAUUAUUUUGAAUGACAUGAAACUGUGCAAAGACUCAUUUUGUGUGUGAAUGUAUGAGAGUGAGUUUUGGAUGAAGUGUAGCUGCAGACUGCAAUUCUCUGAAAUCUCGUUUCCGAGCGUCUGAUUUUUGAAAAGGAUUCUGUUGCAGAGACAAAACAAGUCACCUCCCCCGACUUCCACCUGCAAAACUUUCAAUCUGUUGCUGUUUGUUUGCGUUUCUCUCUGAGAGCAGCACAUAUUAGAUCUGCAAAAACAAAAAGACAAUGCUGUAUGUCUGCUGGUUUGUUGCAUUGGUCUGUGUCCAGAGAAUUGAGUAAAAACCUUCCUACAGAAGUAAAGAUUGCCUGUUUGUAAUUACGUAUUUUGUUUCCUUUUCAAUAGCAUUUACCGAUACAUUUAACUUACCUCUGCUAUAUUUUUGCUCCAUAAUUGAUGUACCUGUUGAAUGUACUGUUUUUAUAAGCAGCGUAAUCUAAAUCUGAGAUGCAAGAAUUCCAAGUGAUUCAAAAUAUGUUAUAUAAAUAUAUAAUUUUUUUUUUUUCAGUUUGGGAGGCUUUACUUGAAUUGUGUUGUUUGUUUUGAUUGGUUUUCAUAGUGUAAGGUUUUCCCGUCAUGUUGUUGUAUGAAACGCUGUACUUAACAUUUGCGUUUUUCGUGUGUAUGUCAGUGAAUGACUGGUUUUGGUUGUAAUGGUUACGAUACCCCCCAAACAUACACACAGAAAAUGAUGCUAGAAAAAGUCUUCCUAAUUCUAUUGUUCAGAUGAUGAGCAUGGAUCUGUUGCGUUCUCUCAUCCAUCUAUUGUGCUCCCACCUGCUUUUGUUUUUUUGUUUUCUUCUUUUGGAAGAUCUGGCAGCUCUUAUUGGUCUGUUUGGGUAUGGAUGGGUAGCCGGGAUUGAUUUAAAGGAACUUGAAGUUGUGAAUGAAGCUGUCUUAACACGUAUCACUUGCAUUUACCUGCUUCAUAUCCUUUUCUCUGCGAUUUUCACCCCCCUCCCUUGGGUUAAAUUUGCAUCUCUGACUGCAAAAAAUGCCUUAACAUUGUCUUUGCUUCAUCUAUCACAUAUUGUAAAUCGCACAGGAAAAACUAAAGCAAAUCUUAACUAUUGUGAAGUGUACAUUUAAAGGAUUUUAAAGGAGCAGAUGCUUGCUGUUGUAGUUUUCAAAUUACUCCACUAUAUCACUAAUGACGUGAAAACAGUUGCGCCAUAUUCACCUUAAGUUGCACCAUGUCGCUGUGUAUGGAGGACUGAAACUGCC